UUUAUUUUAUUUUUUUGACUUUGCUGACAAACAUCAUAACACAAUUUACUUACCAAACACAAAAGUCAUCGUCUCGUUAUUCUUUCACUGUUUACAAAGAUAAAAAAGUAGAUGGCAAUACAAACAUGGUAGAAAUGCGCACAGAUUAUAUAGAUUAUCAUGCCUGCAUUACAGCUUGCUUUAAUAAAGGUAUAAUGUGCAAAUCAAUAGAGGGUGAAAUUCAGAAUAACAAUAAAUUUACUUGUCGGUUUUUCAAUGACGAUUCUCCAAAUGUUAAACGAACUGAAGGAUUUCUGUUUAUUUCUACAAAACCGCCAAACUGCUCUCAAAGCUGCAGUUUAACACUGGAUUCAUGUGGAAAAUGUGAAUGUAGUCCAUCUUGUGCUGGGAGAAAUCGACGUCUGCAUAACUGUAAUUGCAAAAUAGCUGCAGGAAUAGCAAAGAGUUGUCAAGAGCACUAUGAUAAUGGUUUUACUAAAACAGGCAUAUUUCAAAUUAGUCCCAAAGAUUUGGUAUUUGAAACUUUAUGCGAAAUGGAAAAAGUUGAACACCAAAACCCUAAAGUUAUAGUGUUGAACAAAAACAAACAGAUUGCUACAAUAAAUAAUUUGCAAAAAGAGUAUUCAGUGUAUUUUAAAUUUAAACCUAUAUCAAAUGAAGGUUUUGCAAAUGUCAUUCAUUUUACCACUGGAUUAGACAUAUGUUUGUAUGGAUGUAGAAUUCCUUCUGUAUUUAUUGAAUCUACAGGAGAAUUGCAUAUUUCUUCUGAAAUAAAUGACGAUUAUAAUUAUGUUGUGCGCACAUCAAAAAUACCUCUUAAUCAGUGGUCAAGUAUAGAAAUUUCACAGACUCAAAGUAGUGGCAAUUAUAUAUAUAUACAGUUUAUUUAAAUGGAAAAACUGUUACAAGUGUUUUUAAUAAAAAACCUCAAAUGUUUUCAAAUGUCAAUGUGUAUGCAACAGAUCCGUGGUGGAAUGGAGCUGUUGGUUUUAUUAAAGAUCUCAAAAUUAUAAAUGGAAAUGACACGGCAGAUUUGUUAAAUGUAGACAAGCAUAUGUUAAUCCGAGAUAACUUGAUUACAUCUAUACCAUUAUUUGAAAAGGAGUAUUCAGUUUCUUUUAAAUUAAAAUCAGAGACGUAUCCCCAAGUUUGGACAAAUGUGAUUCACUUAACCACUAAAGAUGAUUAUGGUAAAUAUGGAUCUAGAAUCCCUGCUAUUUUUGGUAUUCCGAAUGACUUAGGUUCAUUACAAAUUGCUUCUGCAGUUAAUGGAAAUUCUAACUAUAACAUUAUAACCCAACCACUACCACUGAAUGAGUGGUCAAGCAUAAAAGUAUCACAAAAACAACUCAAUGAAACAUAUAUGUACACUGUGUAUUUAAACGAAUUAAUGGUUUGUAACAUUGAAAACACAAUGCCACAAUCUUUUUCUAAUGUAUUGGUGUAUGCUGGAGAUCCAUGGCGUAUUGCACAGGAUGGAUUUAUCAAAGAUUUUAAAAUUAUAAAUGGAAAUAAUAUUGUGCAACUUUAUAAAAGCGCAUGGAUUCCAAUAAUGACACGAUUCGCAAGUUGGGAACCAACAUUUUGGGAUAAGACAUUUAAGUCUUAUGAAGAUGGUUUUGGUUUAGUUAAUCAACAAUGGAUUGGUUUAAAAAAACUGAAUCAACUUACAAGUACUUUUUUUUCAGAUAUGAGAGUUGAUUACUUUAUAAGUAAAGAUAUAAAAUUAAGUACAAUGUAUUAUAACGUCAUUGUUGGCUCAAGUAAUGACAAGUAUGUGUUAAAUUAUGACAGAUAUGAUCCUAAAGGCUUAAUUGAACCUGAUCAGCUAAACGCAAAUGGAAAAAAAUUUCUAGAAUGCAGUAUGUGGUGGACAGACAUAUGUGAUAAAACUAGAUUUCCUACUUCAACUAACUUCAUAUCUUUUGGAUCUUAUCGACAAUGGGUUUCUAUUCAAUUUUUAUUACGUACAAAAAAAUAUAGAGCCUAAAUUAAAAUCUACAUUUUUGGAAACUCGUUUCUGAUAAUGGUGUUUGGUGUUAUUUUUUUGAGUAACAGCGUUUGUAGUCCUAUAAACCCAAUUGUUUCUUUAUUUUAUUGUUUUUUUUAUUGGAUGGUAUACAGAUUUAUUUCCUAUUUCACGAUCUAUGAAAUUUCAAACUCAAGUUAGUUCUGUACUUUAACGACCAACAUAAUUCACAGGCUCCUUAAUUCACAGGUGAAUUUUUAGCAUCGAUUUCCGUGUCUCAACUGUAGCAGAGAAACUUCUUAAUAAUAUUCUGAAAUCUUUUCCAAUCGAGCAUACAUUAAAUAAACUGCCAGUUUGACUCAGUUGAAAAUCAUCAAAACAAUGAAUCAUUAUUUUAUAAUAAUAUUCAAAAGCACCAAAGUUUGAAUUCGAGUAAACUAAAUAUGAUAGUAUUUAUAUUUAAAAAUAAUAUCACAAUGUGUUGUUGA